CAGUCACAUUUCCCUCUAGCGUUCGGAGCUUGCAUUAGCCUGUCUAAGCGCCUCGUCAUGGCGGCACAGACCCGUGCUCUGGUGUCCUGUAAGUGGCUGGCCGAUGCUGUCAGAAAUAACCUCGUCGGGCCCAAACUUCGCAUUCUCGAUGCUUCAUGGUACCUCCCGAAAACGAAGAGGGACCCGAGAGCUGAAUUUUUGCAAAAGCACAUACCGGGCUCCUCGUUCUUUGACUUAGACGACUGCUGUGACAAGACCUCUGCGUUUGAUCACAUGCUGCCAACUUCCAGCCACUUCUCACAGUACGUAGGAGAUCUGGGCAUCUGGAACAACACGCACGUAGUUGUGUAUGACACUAGCGACUUUGGGUCGUUCUGCGCGCCCCGGGUGUGGUGGAUGUUCCGGCUGUUCGGACACAAGUUGGUGUCGGUGCUGGACGGGGGCAUGAGGAACUGGCUGGCUGACGGCUAUCCGGUGACCGCUGACUACUCCAAGCCCGAGUGUACAGGGUUCAAGGCGACUUUAAAUCAGUCGUGGGUGAAGAGCUACGAAGACGUGCUGGAGAACAUCGGGACCAAGCAGGUCCAGGUUGUGGAUGCCAGGUCAGCAGGAAGGUUCUGGGGAACUGAGCCAGAGCCCAGAGACGACACGCUGCCAGGCCAUUUCCCCUGUGCAAUCAACAUGCCGUUCAGUUCGUUCUUGGAUGCUUCUGGAAAGGAGCUGGGAACUGAGGGCCUGUCCAAACUGUUCAGAGAGGCCGGGGUAGACCUGAAGCAACCACUCUGGGCUUCCUGUGGGUCCGGUGUCACAGCGUGUCACGUUGUUCUGGCCGCUCACCUGCUUGGACACCCUGGAGUCUGUGUUUAUGACGGCUCCUGGUCUGAAUGGUUUAAAAGGGCAUCUGCAGAGCUUAUCAUCUCAGAGGGAGAGGAAAAGAAGGUGUAGAUGAAAGUCGACAGGCAGUGGACUACUACUACAAGCAAGGAUGUGAUGCUGCUUUUACAUGAAAAAAAGCAGUGUGUUUUCUGCCAACAACAGUGAUGGAACAGUUGCAAGUUUUAGCAGCUGUCAGAAAAUUGUAAUGGAAAUCUCCUUUUACUUAUGCAGAUUAUCUGACUUUACUAAGAAAAGUUGCAUAGUUUAGAAAGCUUUACAAUAUCCUGAAAUUAAAUGAGGGUUUUGUUUAUCACUUUUAUGUCUCAACAUGUUUAAAAUGGUCCAGUUAUGGGACUCUUUUCCAAGAAGGCAUUAAGAUAGGGGACGUUUGAUUAUUGGAAGAAGUGCACUUAGGAGGAGGUCAUGUGGAUAUAGAUGAAUUAUUUUGUUAAAAUAAAUGGCAAGGUCCUUGUCUUGUUAUGCUACA